AUGAGCUUAGUCCGACUGGCAGCCACCGCCGCAGCCUCGUCCACCAGUCGCAACGCCUCCGUGGUGAGCCUGAUAAAGGUCUGCAAGAGCUUCGAUACCCUCCGGCAGAUACACGCGCGGAUAGUGCGUGACGGUCUGGAGCAGGACCAGUUCGUCGUCUCCCGCUUCCUCUGCCUGUGCGGCGCCCUCUGCCGCUCCGCCGCGUACGCGCGCGAGGUGUUCGAUCGCGUCGUCGCACCCAAUCUCUGCCUCUGGAACACGCUCAUCAAGGUCCACGCGGAGAGCUCGUCCUUCCCCUGCGCGCUGCAAUGCUUCAGGCUGAUGCAGCGGAGCGCGGAGGCGAGGCCCGAUGGGUUCACCUUCCCGCCCGUCCUCAGGUCCUGCUCCGGCGCGGGGGCCUUCCGCGCUGGCGCCUGCCUGCACGGCGCCGUCCUGCGGCUAGGUCUUGAGGCCGACGUGUUCGUCGGCACGGCGCUGAUCGACUUCUACGGGAAGUGCAGGGAGAUGCCGUCUGCUAUGAAGCUUUUCCUCGCCAUGAGGGCCCCCAAUGUGGUGUCCUGGACGGCCAUGAUCGGUGGACACUUGAGCUCCGGCGACCUAGUCUCUGCCAGGGCCUUGUUCGACGAUAUGCCGCACAGGAACUUGGCCACCUGGAAUGCGAUGAUCGACGGUUGCGUGAAGCUCGGUGAUCUGCAGAGCGCCCGCGAGCUGUUCGACGAGAUGCCCGAGAGAAACGUCGUCUCCUUCACCUCCCUGAUCGACGGGUACGCAAAGGCCGGGGACAUGGCCGCCGCGGAGUCCCUGUUCCUCCGCAUGGACGAGAUGGACGUCUUCUCCUGGUCGGCGAUGAUAUCGGGCUACGCUCAGAACGGCCAGCCCAACGCCGCCAUCAAGAUCUUCUCCGACAUGAAGGACCGCGAGGUCAGCCCCGACGAGCACGUCCUCGUCGGCCUGCUCUCCGCCUGCUCCCAGCUGGGCUGCCUCCAGGUUGCUCGAUGGGCCGACUCCCUGGUCUCUCGGUCCCAAGCUGACCUCAAGCGGCCGCACGUCAUGGCCGCCCUGAUCGACAUGAACGCCAAGUGCGGCGACAUGGCGAGGGCCUCCGCCCUCUUCGAGGCCUUGCCGCAGAGGAGCCUCCUCACCUACUGCUCCAUGAUGCAGGGCUACUCCUUCCACGGCCACGGCGCCAAGGCGGCGGAGCUCUUCCCGCGGCUGCUCCUCGAGGGCCUGACCCCCGACGACGUGACCUUCACCGUACUCUUCGCCGCCUGCAACUACGCCGGCCUGAUCGACGAGGGCAGGAGGUACUUCGACCUGAUGAAGGAGAAAUAUCGCAUCGCUCCCACCGUCGACCACCACGCGUGCAUGGUUGACCUCCUGGCGCGGGCCGGGAGCUUGGCGGAGGCCUACGAGCUCAUCCUGUCGAUGAGCGAGGAGCCCCACGCUGGCGUCUGGGGCGCCCUCCUGCGGGGCUGCUGCGCCUACGGCGAGGUCGAGCUCGGGACGACGGUGGCGGAGAAGCUGUUCGAGAUCGAGCCGACCAACGCCGGCAACUACGUUCUGCUGUCGAACAUCUACGCCGCGGCCAACAGGUGGGCCGACGUCUCCGAGGUGAGGAGGAGGAUGAGGGAACGAGGAAUCAGGAAGAUACCCGGAUGUAGCUGGAUCUGA